AUGUUUAUGGCGGGAUUACGCAACGACGAGCGAGUCGAAGAUGUGACAUCGUCGGCAACGGCGAGUGGGCUCGGUGGCAACUUUCUACGCGACCUCGAAAUGCUGCAUUCACUUUCUUCACGACUCCGCACCGGUUACGCAACCGACUACGACCGACAUACCCGCUUUGAAAGCGCUUCGCUAUACCUUAAUGGGGAUGGAGCAACUGAGGAGCAACGGAGUUUAGAAAUAGGGUCCAGUUUUACCCUGUGGCCAUGGAACCCUAAAAAAGAUUCACCCGGGGAUUUCCAUCGUGAAAUUUGGGUGAUGGAUGUGGGGAUUUUGCCAAUCCGCAACUGCGGCGACGUUGAGGCAGGUCAGGUCCAGGCACAGGCACUCACUGCAAGCCCUAAGUACUGGGGGAGCGAAUAUAGGUCAUCGAGGCCCGAGGGAACGCGCCCGCCGAGCGUGAAGCGAUCCUUUUUGCUUUCGACUGCACUUCGCCGACGGAUGCGUGAACUUUAUCAGCGAACGUUGGGGCAGGUCGUCGAGGUGAACGUCCUUCGUAUCGUUUUCGCCUUAUCUCGCCACCGAGCAAUUAGCUUAGCGCUUUUCCACGCUAAGAGUGAACACGAUCGCUUUCCUUCUAAUCAAUUCACGGAGGGCAAAAAACGAGUUUGCUUUUUAGUGAUUACGUUCAGCUCUGUGGGAACGCCGCGGGGGCUCACCGCGACCAUAACAUCUCGGCUCAGUCGAGCAAAACCUAGUCUAGACUCGGUCACUCCUAUAUACCCAUCUCCACCCCUCUCACUUUCCACGGCGAUUUGUAAUCGAACCGCAGUAAUGAACAGAAAUCGCGCAACAGAUUUAUUUGACAGUGUUUAUACGGAUUUAAUUUGUUUUGGAGCACCCGAAGGUUUUCAUGUAACCCGACGGGUGGUCCCCGAGGCGACGUUAAUCAAAUCUUACGACAUAAAUAAAAUGUCGAGCAGUGCUAAUGUUUGGAAUGAAUUCAGAGAAGCGCGGUCGGGAAUCGUUUUAAUUAAAAGUUUAUUAAGCCGCGGGAUAAUGUACAUGAAGAUGAAACAAGCGUGCACUUUUAUUUUUCUCGUCUCAGAACUUUACAAACACGUUCUCAAGUGUUAA